CUCUCGGCUUGCCGUAGCCGGCGUGGAAGGAAAAUUUGUCACAUGAAAAGUUUGCGGAAGUUUACCAGCUGAUAUUUUAAGACAUUUGAGAGGAGAAGAAAAUUGUGUUUCAAAAGAUGGACCUCAGUUCUGAUAAAAUACAGCGGAGUCUCUCCAAGUACAAAUUCCAUGAGGUUGUGAUUGAGGAGUUGGACAAAAUUUAUCAUAUUUAUCCUGGGCUGAAACCUGUCACAGCCACAUACACAUUUACUGACAGCACCCAGAAAGAUCUCCUGAAAUUAGUUGGUAACAUCCCAGUUAAAUAUGAAGGCCGCUCCUACAACUUCCCCAUUCAGCUGUGGCUGCUGGAUUCUUUUCCCUUCACUCCUCCCAUAUGUCUGCUGAGGCCGACCGCUGACAUGGUUAUCAUCGAAGGCAAACAUGUUGAUGCCAAAGGCCGGAUUCACUUACCAGGACUUCACAGUUGGGAUUAUCCCAAGUCAUCUGUGGUGGGUCUUCUUGAUGAAAUGAUUAAAAAGUUUGAGGAGGAUCCGCCACUGUCCGCAAAAACCACAGAAGACAAAAAAGAUGAACUCAUGGCGUUCGUCUCUAAUCUCCAGAUAAGUGAAGGUCAUGCCAGACGAGAUAAAUCAGUCAAGGUCUCAGUUAUUGGUGGUGGAGAUUUGGGAAUGGCAACAGUAAUGGCCAUUUUGGCAAAGGGUGACGUGGAUAAACUCGUCUUCAUUGAUGUUGCUGAAAGUUCUACUAAGGGUGGCAGCACAGAUCUGGAGAUUUUUAGUCUUCCUAAGGUAGAGGUAUCCAAAGAUUUGUCUGCCUCUGCAGGCUCCAAGGUUGUUGUGGUAACUGCAAAUGCAUGGAGCGGUGAUCAGUCCUACACAAAUGUGGUUCAGACUAACGUGGACUUGUUCCGGGGAAUUAUCCCAAACCUGGUUCAUCUCAGCCCCAACACCGUCAUGCUCGUUGCUUCACAGCCAGUGGACAUCAUGACUCAUGUGGCGUGGAGGCAGAGUGGCCUGCCUCCAAACCGGGUGGUUGGAGCAGGAUGUAAUCUGGAUUCUGAGAGACUUUCUCAAAUUCUGGAUAUUAACCUGAACAUUCACAAACAAGCCUGGGUCAUCGGAGAACAUUCAGACAGUAAAGUUGCUGUAAUGAGUAACACUGGGCUGAACUCUAAUGUGCGGCCGGAGAUUGCUCGGGAGUCCAGCACUACCAAACCUUUGUUAAACAGAGCCUUUGAGUUGAUGAAGAAUCAAGGUCAGAGGUCAUGGUCUGUGGGUCUGUCCGUAGCUGAUAUCACAAGCAGCAUCCUGACGAACAAGAUGAAGGUCCACUCUGUCUCCACGCUGGCUCAGGGUUGGGGUGGCAUUAACGCCGAGGUGUUCUUGAGCUUGCCGUGCAUCAUGGGAGCCAAUGGUUCCAUGCGGCUGGCUGGUGUGUCAUUGGGUCUGGAGGAAGACUCCAAACUGAAGGACAGCAUCGCCUCGCUUUCCAACCUCAUGAGUCAGCUCCAGCUAUGAUUGGUGUUUGUCGCCUCAGAGUUAAUGACAUAUAUCAUUUAAAAAGUUAGAUUAUACAGUUUAACCCUCAGUCCUUGAAGCUGUGCAUUUUCUGUGGGUAAGAGUCAGGAAUUAGACUGUAUUUGUACGGGACGCUUACAUUGAUGCAGACUUUAUACACACACAUGCUGAUGUCAGCCUGCUGUUACGACACUCAACUGCACACCAUGUGUAAGGUGGGCAUUCAGGACCUUGCUAAGGGGUACCUUUCUGAGUUUCCUGAUGGAGACUCGAACAGACGAUCCUGUGGUCAGGAGCCUGCCGCUCUAACCUCCAGCCAGGACAUUUGAGACAAAUUCACUGUUGGGAUAUUUUAAAGCCAUAAAAUGCAAGACCCUCAAAUAACUUGUAAUGCCUGCAGUUUUAAGCACUAACUUUUUUUUAAACACUCGCUGCAGCCAAAGAUGAACUUGUGAAUGUGGUCAUGUAUUUAUCAUUUGGUAUGAAGGAAGUUUAUAUUAUAUGGUACAGGGUACUAAAGUGGCACUUAAAUUCUUGUGUAUUUAAUGGUCUUAUUAUUCUGUAUUCUUUUUACUUUCCAAUGCUGGAACCUCACUAAUGUAUAAUAAAAACUACACAUUUCUGGUGGAAGUGCAAUAAAUAGCUCUUAAAUAU